AUGUCCGUUUCAGGCGAUAAACAGUCAACGCCUGUGGACUCGUCUUCUGACCAUGAGGUUGAGAAGGUCGAGUUCCAACAGACGGAGAAAGUCCUUGAUGAUGCGGAUCUUUUGAAUGAUGCCUUUGCGGGUGAGAAUAAGGAGCAUGAGAUGGGUGCGUGGGAGGCGGCUAAGAAACAUCCUUGGGCUUGUUUGUGGGCGUUUACAAUGUGUUUUACUAUUGUCAUGGAAUCAUUCGACAUGUUCUUGAACGGAAAUUUCGUCGCCCUAGGCGCUUUCCAGAGAAAAUUCGGUGUUCCCCAUGGCGAUGGCUAUGUCAUUCCCACUCGCUGGCAAAGUGCCCUCUUCCAAUCUGGUCAAUGCGGUGCUUUCGUCGGUGUCUUCGCCGCUGGCCCCGUCACCAACAGACUCGGAUACCGCUGGACUACCAUUUUGGCUUUGGUCCUGAUGAAUGCUACUAUUUUCAUUUCUUUCUUUGUGGAAGCCGGAAUCUCCCCCGACAAAUCCUUCCAACUAAACCUCAUCAACUCCUGCCUCCAAUUCGUCGCCAACGCCCUCUCCUGGUUCCUAACCCCCUACUUCGGCCGCCGCACAAUCUACCUCUGGGGCACAGCCACAAACAUCACCUUCCUCUUCCUCCUCGGCAUAAUCGCCUCUAUCCCCCAAAACAACGCUACAAACUACGCCCAAGCCAUCCUGGGCAUAAUCAUCUCCUUCGUUUUCGCCGGCAGUCUAGGCCCUAUCUCCUACACGAUUAUUUCCGAGACUAGUUCCGUGCGGUUGCGUGCGCUUAGUACUGGUGUUGGUCGUGCUGCGUACUACGUUGCUGAGAUUCCGAUGAUUUAUCUCGCUUCGCAGAUGCUGAAUGGUACCGGCUGGAAUAUGGCGGGCAAGUGUGGUUAUGUUUGGGGUGGUACGGCCGUCGUCUGUUGGGUUAUGGCUUACUUCUUCUUGCCCGAGUUGAAGGAUCGGUCGUAUCGUGAGGCGGAUAUUUUGUUUAACCGGAAGGUUCCUGCGAGGAAGUUUAAGGGUACUGUUAUUGAUGUUCGGGAGAAUGAGUAG